CCACUCCACUGGCACAAGCCAGAAGCCACACCAAUCGCUUCGUCCCCGCGUCUCGCCCGGCCGCGUAGGCGCCACAGAAACUCCCACGCCACCCACGCCGUCCGUCGCCGUCGCCGUCGAGUCCAAUCCAUGGCUCCACCCGCGGCCCCGACCGCGCUGCACCACCGCACGCCCCUCCUCCUCCCCCGCCGCGCCACCGCCGCCCCGGGUGCCACCGCCACCGCCACCGCGCGCGCCGCCAGAGCCGCUUCUCUAGCCGUCGUCAGGGCCCAGCCGGACACCACCGCCGCGACCUCCGCCCCCGAGCCGCCGACGCCGGAGUUCAAGCCGCCGCCGGGGUUCAAGGUGCCCGAGCCCAAGAGGUUCGAGGUCAAGCCCGGCCAGCAGAACAGCGUCCUCGGCGCCUCGCUCGCCAUCCCGCUCCGCCUCGGCACCGGCGUCUUCGUCCUCGGGUACUCGCCAUCACUUGUUUCUCCGUCAGAGAUACCAUCAGAUCAAUAUGCACUGGAAUUCGGAGCUUGGAAGGUGAAGGAGGAAUCAAAAAUAGGACAGUGCAAACGACCGGAAAAGCCUAUCGAGAUAUAUGAAUUUGAAGGUUGUCCAUUUUGUCGAAAGGUCAGAGAGAUGGUAUCAGUUUUGGACCUAGACGUAUUGUUUUACCCCUGUCCUCAAAAAGGCCCAACAUUCCGACCUAAAGUCCUCGAGAUGGGUGGAAAGAAACAGUUUCCUUACAUGGUGGAUCCAAACACAGGGGUCGCCAUGUAUGAAUCAGAUGACAUCAUAAAAUACCUAGCUGACACAUACGGCGAUGGAACUGUUCCAAUUAUGCUAUCACUUGGUCUGUUAACAACAAUCACAGCAGGGCUUGCUACUCUUGGUCGUUUUGGAAAGGGAAAUUCCUAUACUGCUUCAAAAGUUCCACCACAGCCAAUAGAGAUAUGGGCAUAUGAGGGAUCUCCCUUCUGUAGAUUAGUACGAGAGACGCUUGUUGAGUUGGAAUUGCCACAUCUGCUGCACAGCUGCGCACGUGGCAGCCCCAAACGACAAGAAUUCUUGAAGAAAAAGGGAGUUUUCCAGGCGCCUUACAUUGAAGAUCCGAACACCGGAGUCCAGAUGUUCGAAAGCGCUGAAAUCAUAGACUACCUGAAGGCAACAUAUGCCCUGUACCCAAGCUCAUAGUGGCAUAUCUCAAAUAUGAAAUGCCCAUUUGUAAUGUUGUGUAGAGCGUGUAAAUUCAAUUCUUUCCAGUAAAGGAAAAGAAAUAGCAAACCAUAUAUUCUGUAUGAUGCACAGCCGAUUUUAUCUACGCUGGUCUGAACUUCGAAGUUACUGCAAAUUCCGUUCUUCUGGUUAA